CGAGCUUCCCUCAGGCUGAACAUACUCAGAGUUGAUUGAACUGAUUCUGAUCAGCUGUUCUGGAACCGAAAACUCGGAGUUUCUCAGGUCAGGCUCAGUCAACUCAGAGAUCAGGAUUAGGCUCAGUUUGUUGAGUCUGCUUUCUGAAAUAGAGCCCCAGGUUGAGGAAGACAAAAUCCAGGGGGAGGCAGCAGAGUAACUUCAAACUUGCCAUCUGCCGUAAAACCCCAAAGAAGAAGAAGAAGAAGAAAAAGAAGAAGAAGAAGAAAGAAACGGAACGGUUUUUACAGUUGAAGAUGACGACUUCAUGGAGUGACCGUUUGCAGAACUAUGCCGACCUACCAGCCAACAUGGACGGUGUGGCCAUGAAAAAGUAUCGACGUGAAGCUAACCACAGCUUUCCAAGGGAUCUGGCUCAAAACCAUCCUGCUAUGAGAGUGUUUGUCAACCGAAGCUUGGCCAUGGAGAAGAUUAAGUGUUUUGGUUUUGAUAUGGAUUAUACUCUGGCAGUGUAUAAAUCUCCAGAGUAUGAGUCACUUGGCUUUGACUUGACGGUGGAGCGCCUGGUGUCCAUUGGAUAUCCACAAGAGCUGCUCAACUUUGUCUACGACCCCUCCUUCCCCACCAGAGGUCUGGUGUUUGACACGAUGUAUGGCAACCUGCUCAAAGUGGAUGCAUAUGGGAACAUCUUGGUGUGUGUGCACGGAUUCAAUUUCUUAAGGGGACCUGACAUCAGAGAGAUGUAUCCCAACAAAUUUAUUCAACGUGGUGACACAGAGCGCUUCUACAUCCUCAACACACUCUUCAACCUGCCUGAAACCUACCUCUUUGCUUGCCUGGUGGAUUUCUUUAGUAACUGCCCCAGAUACACAAGUUGUGAGGCUGGCUUCAAAGAUGGCGACCUUUUCAUGUCCUACAAGAGCAUGUUCCAGGAUGUCCGAGAUGGUGUGGACUGGGUUCAUUUCAAGGGCUCCUUAAAAGAGAAAACGGUUGAAAACCUGGAGAAGUAUGUGGUAAAGGAUCCGAAGCUUCCUCUCCUCCUCAGUCGUAUGAACGAAGUAGCCAAAGUAUUUCUGGCCACCAACAGCGAUUACAAAUACACAGAGAAAAUUAUGACCUACCUGUUUGACUUUCCUCAUGGCCCAAAGCCGGGUACACCCCACCGGCCUUGGAAGUCCUACUUUGACCUGAUCCUGGUGGAUGCCCGCAAGCCUGUGUUCUUUGGAGAAGGAACAGUGCUGCGGCAAGUCGACACUACUACAGGUCGGCUGAAGAUUGGCACAUACACGGGACCUCUUCAGCAUGGUAUUGUUUACUCUGGAGGUUCUUCAGACAUUGUGUGUGACUUAUUGGGCGCUAAAGGAAAGGACAUCAUCUACAUUGGAGACCACAUUUUUGGGGACAUCCUCAAAUCCAAGAAGCGCCAGGGCUGGAGGACUUUCCUGGUGAUACCUGAGCUGGCCCAGGAGCUGCAUGUUUGGACUGACAAGAGCUCCAUAUUUGAGGAACUUCAGUCUCUGGACUGCUUCCUCGCAGAGCUUUACAAGCAUCUGGACAGCAGCAGCAAUGAGAGGCCUGACAUCAGCUCACUGCAGAGACGCAUUAAGAAAGUGACCCAUGACAUGGACAUGUGCUAUGGCAUGAUGGGGAGUCUGUUUCGCAGCGGAUCCCGUCAGACGCUGUUUGCCUCUCAAGUGAUGCGCUACGCUGACCUGUAUGCAGCUUCCUUCAUCAACCUGCUUUACUACCCCUUCAGCUAUCUGUUCAGAGCUGCUCAUGUGCUGAUGCCUCAUGAGUCAACAGUGGAGCACACCCACGUUAAUAUCAUCGACACAGAGUCACCACUGGCCACACGAAACCGCCACGACGUUGAUCUCAAGGAGAUGGAGUGCAAACGACACCAGCUGACUCGAUCCAUCAGCGAGAUCCAGCCCCCCCACUUCUUCCCUCAGGCUCCACAGGAGAUCACCCACUGCCAUGACGAGGAUGAUGAUGAGGAGGAAGAGGAGUAGACAAAGGGAGAAGAGCAGAGGAGUCUGCAGAUGAAGCUCGCUGUCACAUCUAGUACAUCCUGUUUUCAUGUUUAAGUUGAUCUUUGAGCCUGGUUGGUGAAGAACAGGUACACUGAGUUGACGGUUUGUGAUAUGGACUACUGCAAGUUCCAGCAGGCUUGCUACUUCCCUGGUAGCUGUACCUGAAAGUUAGUUUAGAUUCAUGUAACUGUUAUUAUAAGAUUAAAGCAGUAGGGUGGUUAAGUUGAAGUGUGUUGUUAGAUCCUCGUGGCUCUGCCAGGUUUGUGUAAGGACGAAUUUUCUGCUUUUAUCCAGGUUAUUAGGAGUCCAGGAUGCAUCCAGCUCACUGCCAUGCUGCUUACUCCUGCAUCAUAGCUCUCGCUUUAAUACAUGCAAAACACUGAGGUUAAGAGGUUAACCUUAACCUGUCUUUAAGGAGCUAUCCACCAAUCCCUCUAGAAUGUUGCAAUCGCAACAAUUAACACAAAUUCAGCCAAUCCCCAGGAAUUCUGUGCGACCUUGCAAUUUUGUCCAGUCACAGUAACUUAACCGCAAAUUUGACUAUUUAAAACAGGAAACAUUUUAUUAUAUUAUAGAGCUGAGUGCAGCGUGUUGAUUUGCUCCGCAUUUAUGAUUAGACUACUGCUGCAGGACUGGAGCUCUGCGCCUGGAACGAAGUCACACACACAGUGACAGGGCUAAUGUUACCCAACAGUUAUUAACAGGUUUAACAACAGAGUCGAGCCAUUUCGUUGUUGAUGUGUGUUUAACAGCUCUGUGUCAGACAUUAACUGCUGCUGUGAGACUUUGGCCCAAGUGGCAAAGUAUGACAAGUAGAGAUUAGAUCACUUUGUGCUGUUCAAUGGCGAUCAGCUUUUGCUGUCAUCCCUUUGCCAUGAAUCCUGGCUAGACUUCUAUCCACCAUAAACCUCAGAACCACUGUUGUGACAGCCAUGUCAGUCACAGACUUUGCAUUUUUGGGACCAUAUUGUUUUUGAGGUGUAAUUUUUUUCCACUGCCAAAGAAUACUGGCCAAAUGUAGAGAUGUGAUGGUGAGGUAUUUGAGCGCAGCUAGAAGGAGAAAUAAAUAUUUUUAACAUCCACAAUAAAUACCAGCUGGUGUGAAAAACAUGUUUUUUCACCUGCAGUAGCCUCAACAGAUCCGCUGUUUGGAUCAUCCUGUGUUACUGACUUGCCUCUGUGUUGACAAGCAACAGCCUUUCAUCCCCUUGUUUUGUUUUUGAUUUGUUUAGGUUUUUAUUUUUUUAUUUUUUUUUAAUAAAUUAUAGGAAAUGAAGGGAUUAAAAGCACACCUGGGGGAGGAUUUUUACUUGAAGAAAAUUAAACUGUAGUUUGUGUUUUAAACACAGCUGCUAAAAGUAUCUAACUGUUCUACACCAUUAGAGUGUUUUCUGUCAAGCAGAGUUUGUAAUGCCUGCUAUGGUGAGGUGAAGUCAAAAAGAAAUUGUACGUCACAGCUAUUGACACUGGAUCAGAGAAACCUCACCUUCUUAUUUUCCCUGUUAUUCCCCUCACUGUGUUGUACGAUAGGAAUUCCACAGAAUGUAAAUGACCUCUCACUUUUAAAUCCUUACUGUUCUAUAGUCUGUGUUUAUUACGUGUAAUGUAGAUAAUACACUCUGCACCUACACAGUUACGGCCUUAUUCAUCCUGCAUUGAGUUGAUACAGUGAAUGUGAAUGAGAGAAUUGGUUAAAGUGUAUUUUGAAUGUGAAUGCUGGAUUGUUUUAAUCUGAACACAGGUAAAAGUUAUGACAGGUGAAAGCUAUGGAAGCCCAUUUCUUCCAGAUGACAUGAACAUAUUUAGGUUAAAAUAAAAACAAUUUCAAACUCAAAGUCAACAUUAUGAGACAAAGUAUACGAGAAGUCAAUAUUUUAACCCAAUCAGAUUGACUUGACAAAAUUUAGAAUUAUGUGAUAAUAAGCACGUCACAAUUUGGAGUCAUCAGGUUUUUGGCUAUAACUCAGUUCAUACACUAAUUAUAGCAGUAUUUCACACAAAUAUCUCAGAGGAUAAAAUGAAGUGUUGACAUUUUAUAUCAAAAGUUCAAAUGUCAGCUUCACUGUGUCAUCAUAAUGCAAUAACACUUUUCUGGGCAUUACUAAACACCAUAAUGAAACUGUGCUGAUUGUAUAGAUCUUCUGUGCUGUUGGGGGGGGGAGAUGUGUGUGAAGCAUCAAUGUUUUAACAGACGUGGAUGUUAACUUUGAGUGCAACUGGACUGGUUUGCGAAGGCAUACAAGCGAAGCGGUAAUUUGAAUUUUUAAUGAACGGUUACAUUUUUAAGUCCAAACUUAUGAGAUAGUCAAUUAGCCUGGAAAUCCAGACUCCAAUCUAGAAAGAUUUUGAGUCUGGCCCUCACAGAUAGACCCUUCCUACCCGAGGGGCGGCACUAACUGAGGCAAUACAAAUGCCGCCACAUGCAAUUGGAUAGCAUGAUGGCCAAUCAGAGCAAAAUACAAGGUGACAUAUUCAUUGCACUAAGCCCUAUUUGUUUGCCCAACAGUGGGGCUAACUGAUUUAUUAUGCUUUUGCCGUAUCCUGUCGGCAAAACAGCAAAAAUGUCCCUCCUGGAAACGAAGGCCUCUAGGGCAGUGUUCUGUUCUGUUCAGUGUAGUUGGGUUAGCGUUUCUUCCAAAGCUAAAUCGAAUGGACGCGGUCCUUCGGCAACUGCCAUCUUGGCUGUUUACUUUUCGACUCCUAUGGCGCAGUGCUGUUCCAGAGCCUGCCUUCAUCAGAUAGACUGAUCUGAUUGAUUCGAUUUGCGAUUCAAUGUGCUCUGUUAGUUGGGGCCAGAUUCCCGUGCAGUGCAAAUUUGAAUUUGCAAGGGACGGGGCAUUUGGAUUUCCAGGGUAAUAGUCAAUUGUAAUUAUGAGGAAAUUCAAAUAAAAAUCUGACAUAGUACUUUACAAUUCAGAAAUUGAAUCGCACUGACAUAAUCGUAUCAUCCCAUAUACCAUAAUUUGAUUUUAUUUUUGUUAUUUGAAAAGCUUGGUGUAUGUAUCUGUCCUGGCAGUGAUGGUCUUCCACAGAGAGGGGAACAUGCUGUUACUGUGCUGUCACUGAGUGCCAAAGUGGGCCUGUCUCCAUAUGCAUCACACAUACUGUCAACAUGAUCAGGGUGCAAUAGUUAAUUUUAGUGUGUUGAAGUGCUGAUAAGGUUGUUUUUCUUUGAGUAUUACCAUGUUUUUAUGUUACUGCCUCGAUUUCAAAAGGACCUGUGAUUUAACAGGAGGACCUGUUUUCUGAUCUGCUGGAGUGAGCAUGCAGUAUUGAUGCUGAGAUGAGCUCUCUGACUCACAGCGGGCUAAUCCAGCCUUUUUUCACUAAAUGUGUGAUUCUGCUGUUUGUGUGUUGUUACAUUUCUUUAAGUUGCCUCAUCUCACUUGGAUUGAAGAGUCAGAUUUUUGACUUGUUUAAAUACCUGAAGACGGCUGAUUGUUUUACCUUAUUCAGUCCUGUUACACCUUCGGAUAUUUCUCUUGUUAUUUGAGUGUGGGAGCAAUAUUGAAACACAGAGGUUUCAGAGUGGAAACAGCACCACUGAUUUAAGUUUUUCACUCUGUCAUAUUCAAGCCAUUUCAGAAGAGUUGAGCAUGUCCAUUUGCUGUCAGCUUUGAAGGCUAACGUGGACUUUGAUAAUUGCACACACUCAAGUGUAAAGUGAACCAAAUGAAUGUUUUUGUUUGUUUUUUACCAGCAAUGGUUAAUGCAUGCAUUGAAGUUGCAUUUUUCUUUAGUUAAAUUUUGAAAUAUUGCCUUUGAAGAAUGUUUGAAGCAGUGAUGCUGCAGCUGAGAUGGUUUGAUUACAGACUGAUGUUUGUAAUAAAUUUUCUGAUCUGA